GCGGGCGGAGGAGACCCGGGAAAGGGCGGGCGGGCGCGCGGUGCCGGCAGCGGCGCGGCUGGAGCACUGCCGGACGAGGGGGCAGACUGAGCGGGACGCUGCCCGGAGAGGGGACGGCGCGAGCAGCAGGCACGUCUGCACGACCCCCGCGCCCAGACCUCGCAGGAUUCCGGCCCCUCAGCGACACGCGCCGGCGGAGCCCCCCAUGAAGCCGCCCGCCGCGCAGGGCAGCCCCGCGGCCGCAGCGGCCGCAGCCCCGGCCUUGGACUCUGCCGACGCGGGGGACCUGACGGACGCGCUGUGCGAGUUCGAUGCGGUGCUGGCCGACUUCGCGUCGCCCUUCCACGAGCGCCACUUCCGCUACGAGGAGCACCUGGAGCGCAUGAAGCGGCGCAGCAGCGCCAGCGUCAGCGACAGCAGCGGCUUCAGCGACUCCGAGAGUGCUGAAUCGCUUUAUAGGAACAGCUUCAGCUUCAGUGAUGAAAAACUGAAUUCUCCAACAGACAGCACUCCAGCUCUGCUCUGUCCUUCUGCUCCUGCUCGGAAAGCCAAACUUGGAGAUACGAAAGAGCUAGAAGACUUUAUUGCUGAUCUCGACAGAACCUUAGCAAGUUUCAGACAGACCUACCUACUAUUAGGUGGAAACUUCUUCUGCAGUUUCUGUUUACUAGAAGACGUUAUCACCCAUACCAUCCUCCAUCAGAAGACCAAGGUCUGUUUUGACAGAGACGAUUGUAAUUGCAACACAAUUUGUGUUAGACCCGUGGAACGUGCUUGUUGGCGUCAUGAAAAUUGCAGCAGGCUGCCCAGUCAUACCAGUUCUUCAGACGUAUAUUACAUGGGAAGCCUGCCAUUAAGUUUGGUGCUUGGAUGCCUGUCUGGGAGGUGUGCUCUGGUUAAGCAUGUGAGCUAAGUCGCUUCAGUCAUGUCUGACUCUUUUCGAUCUUACAGACCGUAGCCUGCCAGGUUCCUCUGUCCAUGGGAUUCUCCAGGCAAGAAUACUGGCAUGGGUUGCCAUGCCCUCCUCCAGGGGUCCUUCCCAACCCAGGAAUCAAACCUGCAUUGGCAGGCGGGUUCUUUCCCACUAGUGCCGCCUGGGAAGCACAUGGUUAAGCAUAGGAAUUGUCAACUUUCGUGAGUGGAUCACCUUCUCUGUCUCCUAUUGACAGGCAUGUGAAACAAGAAGUUCUGGGUCCUUCCAUCCUAAGGGAGAAGUUUCAGAAAGCUCAGAGGACCUGAUGAAAUCAGC